AUGGACUCCACACACCUUAAAAUCGUCGCCGCUUUUUAUCCCAUCGCUGACGUCUUCUCGGCGGCCCUAUGCAACCCGUUUCUUGUGUCGCACUUCAACAGCGCUCCACUGGACUCGAGUAGUCUUCACAAUGCUGCAGAGGCACCGCAAGCUCUGCUUAAGUGGUUGCCGCGUACCUCCAAAAUGGUUUUAUCUCAGAUCUGCAAAGGCAUAAAACGUUUGCAGGUAGUGCAUGACGAUUGUAAACUUGACACAAGUGAUAAUGGCAACUGUCAAUGCAGUGCCGACACCUCUGAAAGCACUAUCUACCACGCGGUCAUUUUUUUUCUAUCUUCCGCGUUAGCCCCCGUGAUGGCUGACGUACCAGUAAGCGCGCUGGCGUCUGUGAAGUUGGAGGCCGCGUGCUUGCGGUUGCUUGGGCUCAUUCAAGAUGUGUCCAAAGCAAGUGCAUGGUAUGUGUGCUCAGAUCGAAUAGCCUUGGGCGAAGUUUGGAGGAAUUACCGUGAUACGCUACCUCGAACUUCCCCUAGCAACAAUGACGGGGCGUUCCUUGUUAGCGGGUUGCGUUGGUCGCUUACAAGCUUUCAGUUAUUGCUUCGCGCUCUAUUUCUUGCUCUUUCAUCCUGCUGGAGGAGGACGUUGCUGCCAAUCAGGACGACUCGGACCACAGGGACAAAACGUCGGCCGCAUGUCCGAUCAUCUCGUCUUUCUACUCGUCAUCGGAAGAUAGGUAAGGAUCGCGAUAUCUACGGAAAGAAUUGUGGGGCUAAAAUCAGAACUGCAACUCCAUGCGAUUCGGUCGACAGUUUACUGCUGUUCUACCCAGCUGAGUACUUCAGCAGACAGCUGGAAGCGGCACGAUCCCAAAAGAGCUCUCUCCUAAUAUCUAUCGCACGAAAAGAUGCUAAUACUACACUCUCGACAACUAGUCAUGCUAGAAAUGUGAAGCAACGCAAAACUUCACAGGGUACUGCAAGCAAAGACUGUGUUACGGGUGAGGUGUUGUGGGGAGCCCGGGGUAGGUCCUCACGUAGACGGUCGUCUCACUUGAGGGGUCCGAGGCUUUUAACGCAGGGUUAUCGCCGUAGUAGGUCGUUUUCAGAGGAAAGUAGCACCACUACUCACAGUAGCAGUACUGGAGACGAAACGAUCUCCUCUUCAAGCGUAAAUGAAGUUGAGACGUAG